AUGGCCUCUCCAGCUGUACUCCUUCUGGGAGUCCUGGCUUCUUGUCACGGAUUCAACCUGGAUGUGGAAGAGCCCACGGUUUUCCAUGAAGACGGAGCCGGCUUUGGGCACAGCAUGGCCCAGUAUGGCAGUUCUCGAGUCGUGGUGGGAGCCCCCCUGGAGGUGGUGGCCGCCAACCAGACAGGACGGCUAUAUGAAUGCUUGUACCACACCAACACGUGCCAGCCCAUCUCCUUGUUCAUAUCCUCAGAGGCUGUGAACAUGUCCCUGGGCCUGUCCCUGGCCGCCGCCUCCCACCCCUCCAGGCUGCUGGCCUGUGGUCCGACACUGCACAGAGCCUGUGGGGAGAAUUUGUACGUCAAAGGUUCCUGCCUCGUGUUGGAUUCCCACCUGAAGAUCAUCCAGACAGUCCCGGCUGCCCUGCCAGAGUGUCCGAAUCAAGUUAUGGAUAUCGUCUUCCUGAUUGACGGCUCUACCAGCAUCGGUGGAAAUGACUUUGACCGGAUGAAGGACUUUGUCAAAGCCGUGAUGGGCCAGUUUGAGGGCACCAACGUCUUGUUCUCGCUGAUGCAGUACUCCAACCUCCUCGAGACCCACUUUACCUUCACGGAAUUCCAGACCAGCCGGAAUCCUCGGCACCUGGUGGACCCCAUAGUCCAACUGAAAGGCCUGACGUUCACUGCCACGGGCAUUCAGAAAGUCGUGACGGACCUAUUUCAUAGGAAGAACGGGGCCCGCCAAGGUGCCAAGAAAAUCCUCAUCGUCAUCACCGACGGGCAGAAAUACAGAGACCCCCUGGAAUACAGCGAUGUGGUCCCCCAGGUGGAGAGAGCGGGCAUCACCUGCUACGCCAUCGGGGUGGGAGAUGCCUUCCAGGAGCCCACGGCCAGGCACGAGCUGGACACCAUUGGCUCUGCCCCUCCUCAGGAGCAUGUGUUCAGAGUGGACAACUUUAGAGCCCUGGGCAGCAUCCAGAAUGAGCUGCAUGAGAAGAUCUUUGCAGUUGAGGGAACCCAGCUGAGGACCAGUAGUUCCUUCCAGCAGGAGCUGUCUCAGGAAGGUUUCAGUUCUGUGCUCACACGGGUGAGUGGACCGGAAGGACAUCCUUGGAGCCGCUUUGGGGCAGCCCUGACCGUCCUGGGGGACAUGAAUGGGGACCAGAUGACAGACGUGGCCAUCGGGGCACCCGGGGAGCAGGAGAACUGGGGCGCAGUCUACCUGUUUCAUGGAGUGUCAGGACAGGGCAUCAGCUCCUCCUACAGCCAGCGCAUCACAGGCACCCAGUUCUCUCUCAAGCUCCACUAUUUUGGGCAGUCGCUGAGUGGGGGUCAGGAUCUCACCCAGGAUGGACUGGUAGACUUGGCCGUGGGGGCCCAGGGACACAUGCUACUGCUCAGGAGCCGGCCUGUGCUGAAAAUUGGGGUCACUAUCAGAUUCACCCCCGUGGAGGUGGCUAAGGUUGUGUACCAGUGCCGGGACAAAGGGCCCGUGUUCCCCUUUGAGAAGAACUGUGGACCAGAUCGCCUGUGUGAAGGAGACCUGCGUGUGGAUCUCCGCUUCGCAGGCCUGCAGACGCUGGUGGUGGGGAGCUCCCUGGAGCUCAACGUGACUGUGAGGGUGCGGAAUGAGGGUGAGGAUUCCUAUGGGACCAGAAUCAACUUCUACUACCCUCCCGGGCUGUUCUAUCGGCGGGUGUUAGGGAUUCAGAACCAACCUCAUCAGCACCCACUUGAUCUGGCGUGCGAGACUGUGCACCCUGGGAGUGAGGGCUUCAGAAGCAGUAGCUGUAGCGUCAAUCACCCCAUCUUCCAUGAGGGCAGUAAGGGUGUUUUCAUAGUCACAUUCCAUGUCUCUCCCAAGGCCACGCUGGGAGACAAGCUGCUUCUGAGAGCCCACGCUAGCAGUGAGAAUAAUAAGCCAGCGACCAACCAGACUAGUGCCCAGCUGGAGCUCCCUGUGAAAUACAUGGUCUACACAGUGAUUAGCAGGCUUGAAGAAUCCACCAAGUACUUGAACUUUUCCACAUCAGAUGGGAAGGUCAAGAAAGAAGCCAAGCACGGAUAUCACGUGAAUAACCUGAGCCAGCGCAAGGUGGCUGUCAGCAUUCGUUUCUGGGUGCCCAUCCUGCUGAAUGGCGUGGCUGUCUGGGAUGUGGUCAUGACGGCCCCUUCGCAGAGUCUCCCCUGUGUGUCAGAGAGAGAACCUCCGCAGCAUUCUGACUUCCUGGUCAAGAUUCCAAAGAGCUCCACGCUGGACUGCUCCAUUGCUGUCUGCCUGAGGUUCCAAUGUGACGUCCCCUCCUUUGACAUCCAGCAUGAGUUUGACUUCGUCCUCAAAGGCAACCUCAGCUUCGGCUGGGUCCGUCAGAUGCUGCAGAAGAAGAAGGUGUCCGUCGUGAGUGUGGCUGAAAUUACCUUCAACAGAUCGAUAUAUUCCCAGCUACCUAGACAGGAGGCAUUUCUCAGAGCCCAGAUGGAGACUACGCUGGAAGAGAACAAAGACUACAACCCGAUCCCCCUCCUCAUGGGCAGCUCCGUGGGAGGAAUUCUGCUGCUGGCUCUCAUCAUAGCUACACUGUACAAGCUCGGCUUCUUCAGACGUCAGUACAAAGAGAUGCUGAAUGACAAAGCUGAAGGCACCACGGCAGUUAGAGGGCAGCAUCUCAGCCGGGAGGUCCCGCAUCCGUCUCUGUCUUAA